AUGCGCCUUUCUUGCGGAGCUCUAGCUGGUUUAUUUGGGCAGACCUUUACAUACCCUUUAGAUGUUGUCAGGAGGCAGAUGCAGGUUGAAAAUCUGCAACCUUCAAUACAAGGUGGUGCCAGAUACAGGAGCACAUUGGAUGGCAUUGCCACCAUAAUCCGUUGUCAAGGUUGGAGACAAUUGUUUGCUGGCCUCAGCAUCAACUAUAUCAAGAUUGUCCCUUCCGUCGCAAUUGGUUUCACAGUAUAUGACAUGAUGAAGUCUUGGCUUCGCAUACCUCCCCGACAGAAUUAA